AUAUAUAUAUAUAUAUAUAUAUAUAUGUAUAUGUAUGUAAUAUAGGAAUAGCGUGUGAUUAUAUUGGCAACAUGGCAACAUUGAAUCCGGAUAUGACACAGUUGCCAGUUUGUAAAUUGCAAACACUUACAUUACAGCGAUAUAUUGCAUUGUCUCGUGUUAGAACGUUGACCCCCACACUUAAAUAUCUGAAGUGAAAAAUAUAAGAUAAACAUAAUAACAUAAAAGUACUUGGAACAAAUAAAAAGACUUAGGUGUAAUAUGGGCCUAAGCAACAGGUGCAUUGAGUAAGAAGGUCUUCAUACCUGUGUACAUGCGAGAGGGGGAGGAAGCCUAUUAGACUUAAUUUAUUUUAUUUAAUAUUACUAUUGUUAGUUAAUACUACGAUUGGCUGUAUAUAGACAGAUAUGCUAGAGUCUCCAAGGGUAUACAUAUAUCAGACUGUGAACGGCUGCAAAUGCCUAUAAAAAGUAUACAAGAUAUGAACGCUGGUCACCGCCUGACCUUGGCCACCCGAGGGGCAACUCUCCUAUAACGUUCCCAUCCGGACACGCUGUACACAACUAGGUCAUGUUGAAGCAACAGUACGAUAGUAGACCCCCUAACAACCCGUGUUUUCUUUACCUUCCAGGUUACUUAAGAUACAAGUCAUAUUGCACCUAAGACAACGGAUUUUGAAACCUUUUACCCAUCUUAAUCUAACAAUAUAUACGGUUUUAAAAAAACAGAAAACGAGCUCUGUCGAAUCGUCUUGGUUACGAUUUGAGCAUACUCCGUUAUACAGCACUCUGCGGAUAAAGUCUUUAUCGUAACACCUCCACUGCUUACCGGUAUUACACGGACGACGCCCUCACACACUACACUAUGGGGGACCUGACCACCGAUGCUGUUCCCAUGGGCAGCCAACCCAAUCAUAGAUCCGAUGAACUGAGAGGAAGUAGAAACCUGCAACGGGAGCCGCUGGUGUACAACAUCACCGGUAGCACGGGUGUCCACAUUGGCCCCGUCAUCCACCACACCGUGUCCCAGCAGCGUCCCCGGCUCAGCCCUCAGGACAUGCCUCUACAGAAAGACGUGGACGCCCUACGGAGGUGCAGGCGGGAGAUCGAGGAGCGCGACAAGUUUGUGGUUAGCGAACACCUAGGAUCGACCUGGAAGUCCCUGGGCCGCUUGAUGGGGUUCUCCCCGGGUCAGAUCGACAACCUCGAGGCUGACAACACCCGCAGCGUCGACCGUGCCUACGAGCUCCUCAACUCCUGGCAUGACAGAGAGGCUCAGGACGCCACAUUAGACAAGUUGACCAACCUUCUCCUCGUCGUCAAGGCCUACCCUGUUGUCAAGAGGCUCAAGCCUUGAUGCACGAGCCCAACCUAGUCGGACGAUAAUAGACCAAUAGACUUAGGAGGAAUACACACUGUUAACACUUUUUAAGUUUCCAAUAUACUUCAACUGUAAAGCCCCACAUUAGUGUUAAAACGGUCAUAUGUCAGAUAUAUAUAUAUAUAUAUAUAUAUAUAUAUAUAUAUAUAUAUAUAU